AUGUUGAUUGAUAAUGAAUCGCCAUACUUGUAUAAUCUCACACUAAAACCACCAUCAAAUUAUCCCCACUCAGUGCUAGGACAAUUUAUCCCCAGGGCAAAACAACAACAACUAGCACUCAUCUCAUCAACUCAUCUAUUAUUACUUACUUCAGAUCCAGAGACCGGGAAGCUUAGUACCAAAACAACUCAAAAUUUGUUUGCAGUAGUAAAUGCUGUUGAUAAACUACGAUUAAAUGAUCAUGACGUAUUGGUAUUAACUACUGAUUCAGGCAACUUGUCUAUAAUUCAAUAUGAACCCAAAAGAAAUGAGUUUGUAUCGAUUUGUCAAAUGCCCAUGUGUAAAAAUGGAUGGAGUCGAAGCUACCCGGGAGAGUUUCUUGCUGUUGAUUCACAAAGCAGGUGUAUACUAGUUGGUGCUGUGGAAAAGAAGAAGUUCUUGUAUAAAGUCGAACAUAGUGGAGAUAAAUUGGAAUUGAGUUCACCAGUGGAGUAUGCUAGCGUUGUCGCUCAAAAAAAGCAACUGUUGCUAUGUUUGUCAAUGAUUAGUUUGGAAAGUGCUUUUUCCAAUCCAUUAUUUGCAGCAUUGGAAUAUGAUAAUGAACAACAAGUGACAUUGCUAAACUACUACGAAUUUGAUCAGGGGAUGAAUCAUGUGGUUAAACGCAAAUCAAGGGUUGCUAUUGUAGCCAAUGAUGCAAAUUACUUGGUACCUGUGCCGGGACAUAUAGGUGGGGUACUAGUAUGUGGUGAAAAUUGGAUCAUUUAUGAUAAAUUGGGCUCUGAAAGUAUUGCGUUGCCAUUACCACGACGGAAAAGUCAAAGCUCGGUGAUCGUGACUCAUGUUACGCAUGUUUUGAAAAAGAAGAGUUAUGGAUUUUUCAUCUUGUUGCAGAAUGAAUUUGGAGACUUGUUUCGACUAGUCAUUGAUUAUGAUUAUGAUCGCGAGUUGGUUAAGGAUAUCGAAAUAAGUUAUUUCGAUACAAUCCCAGUUUGCUAUAGCUUAAGCAUUUUCAAAAAUGGACUUUGUUUUGCCAAUUGUGUGAAUAGGAGUCAAUUGCUUUACCAAUUUGAGAAAUUGGGGGAAGAAAUCGGUGAAGAAGGUGUUGGGAUAAACAGAAGAAUACAAAUGGAUAGUAUACCCUUAACUAAGGAAAAAGUUGUCGAAUUCAAAUUGAAAGGAUUGGAUAAUUUGGCAUUGAUUGAUGUCGUCGAGUCACUAAGCCCCAUAACGGAUUCAACAUUAAUCAACGAUACGUUGGUGACUUUAUCAACAAAAUCAAAAUUGAAAAGUAUUGUACAUGGAACGCCAACAACCACCCUCGUUGAAUCUCUGUUUCCAAUAAAACCAACAAAUGUGUUCACCGCCAAAACAUCGGCAGACGCCAUGGAUGACGAGUAUUUGGUAAUCACAUCGACGCUUGCGUUCAAAACGUUGGUUCUAUCAAUUGGAGAAGUCAUUGAAGAAGUGAAUGACUCCAAGUUUGUAAUGGAUCAACCAACUGUUGCCGUUCAACAGGUGGGCAAGUCGUCAAUCGUUCAGGUAUAUUCCAAUGGUUUACGGCAUAUUAAUGGAAAGAAGAAAGUUACCAAUUGGUACCCACCAGCUGGUAUAACCAUUACUCAUGCAACCACAAAUAACCAACAAGUACUUCUUGGGAUGUCGAAUUUGGAAUUGGUUUACUUUGAGACUGAUCCUGAAGAUGAUCAGUUGCGUGAAUAUCAGGAUCGAUUGGAGGUUUCCUCACCUAUUCGUAGCAUGUGCAUACCAAAGGAACAAAGCUCUUUUGCUGUAGUGGGGUGUUCAGACGAAACCAUUCUGGUGGUUUCGUUGCAGAGUCAAAAUUGUUUACAAGUGAAGUCAUUGCAAGCAUUGUCGUCAAGUGCAAACUCAUUAGUUAUGUUGACCCACAAUCCAUCGACAACUUUGAUCCAUAUUGGUAUGGAUAAUGGUGUGUACGUGAGAACUAAAAUCGAUACGUUUAACGGGAAGUUAUCGGACACCAGAAUCAAGUAUCUUGGGCCCAAGCCAGUUACCUUGAAUGAAUUAAAAUUAUCAGAUGAUAUUACCGGUGUAUUGGCAAUUUCAACAAAGCCAUGGAUAGGUUACUUCUACCAGGGGAAGUAUCGUUGUACACCUUUAUUAGAUAUUGACAUCAUAAAUGGUGCAUCAUUUAAAUCAGAGGAUAUUGGAGGCGAAGGAAUUGUUGGUAUCUAUGAUGAUAAUUUGGUGAUUUUCUCAGUGGGCAAAGAGGAUAGCAUUUUUGAUCCUAAUCAGGAGCUUACUGUAACUGAGUUAAACUUGAGGUAUACACCGAGAAAGAUAGUCAAGGGUGGUGACGAUGAUAAAUUGUUUGCGAGUGAAGUUGAAAUGGGUAUAAACACCCCGUAUGUUUCCAAUUUGACCAAGGAUGUGGAAAAUGGAGUUGAUCCCGAGUAUUAUGAAGCUUUCGGAUUUGAGCGAGGUCCUGGAUGUGCAUCAUGUGUGCAACUCAUCGAAAAUGGGGAAAUCAAGCAGUCAUUGGAAUUUGUUAAAGACCAGAGAAUUGUCGAUAUGGUCAAGAUCCAAUUCAAUAAAAAUCAAUACUUGAUAGUCGGUGUGACCAAACAAGAGGAAAAUCUUCUCUACACUUUCAAAAUUGACAAAAAGAGGAAUUUACAAUACAUUCACAAGACCCAAUUGAAAUAUGUGCCUCAAGUAAUGGAGGUUUUCCAAAACAGGUUACUUGUUGCUUCUGGUAAUGCCAUUUCAUUGUACGAGUUGGGUCAACGACAAUUAUUGCGCAAAUCAUUGACGAGAAUAGAUUUCGUACAAUCAAUUGUUAAAGUAUCACCACAACCAAGGGAUCGAAUCCUAUUGGCUGACCUGGCCAAUUCCAUAGUGUUUGCUAAAUUUGACAAUGAAGAGAACCAAUUUAUACCAGUUGCUGAUGACGUUGUGAAACGAAAUAUAACUGCUUGGAAACAAUUGGAUUAUGAUACAAUUAUCGGUGGAGAUAAAUUUGGCAACAUAUUUGUCACUAGAUUGGAUCGUGAAGAAUCGAAACAAGUUGAUCAAGAUUGGACGGUAUUGAAACAGGCUGCUCAAAAUUCGUCCAAUUUAAACUCAUGUGUGUUCAAAUUGCAAAAUCUUUGCCAGUACUAUAUCCCUGAUAUAAUCACUUCGUUCCAAUUAGGGUCAUUCAACCUUGGUGGUGAAGAGUGUAUCAUAUAUACUGGAGUAAUGGGUACCAUUGGGGUAUUAAUUCCAUUAUUAUCGAAAUCAGAAAUUGAAUUGGUGCAUGAUUUGCAAUUACAAAUUGGCAUUUGGAAUGAUGGUGUUAAUGUAGCCGGUAAGAAUCAUGGUAAGUUGAGAAGUUAUUACAACCCACGCAAGAAUGUAUAUGAUGGAGAUUUUUUGGAAUUGUACUUUGCUAUCCCACUUGACGUGAAGGUAAAGAUUGCCAAAAAAUUGAAUAAAUCAGUGGGAGAGAUUGAAAAAAAAUUGAAUGAUAUUCGAAAUCGUUCAUCUUUUUAG